AUGAGGACUGUGCAGCGCUGUGAUACCAAAGGGAUGAUGUCCCACCUCAGUGGUGGCUACUCAGGAUGCUGGAUCCUGCCUGGACCUCAUCUGGACUCCUUCACAAGAUCUACAGAACUAGAAAUAGCUGACUGGGACUCCCUGCUCCUGGUUUCACCCUCCCUGGCAGCUGGUGGCCCUGAGUCUCCUGCAGCCGGGCUGCCCGGGAAUGGCCAAGGUUCUUGUCCCUCCCUCCGCUGCCUGCUGGGCCUGGCUCGGACCAGAGGCUUUGCCAUCGGCAAAGAACUGCAGCCCCCGGCGAUGCCACCUCCCUGGAGAGCCGAGCUGUCUGCUGCCACUCAGGCCCGGGGCAGCCGUGACCGAGGGGUGAGCGACGGGAGGAUGUCCCCGAGCUCCUGGCGCCGCUGCGGGAUGCAGCUGCGGGAUGCAGCUGCGGGAUGCAGCACCGGGAUGCGCCGCCGCGCUUCCCCCUCCCACUCCGUGCGGGCGCGCGGCGCCGAGGGGGGGUUGGACCGCGGCGGCGCGCGCGCUGCCUUCAUCCCCCCCCUUCCUCCUCCUCCUCUUCCUCCUUCUCCUCCUUCUCCUCCUCCUCCUCCGAGAGCGCGCUCGCACGGCCGGGAGCGAGAAGCCGGCGGGAGGAUGCUGCAGACGGCGGCGGAGCCGGGCGGCUGGGCAGGCAUGAAGCGACCCCUGAGCCCAUCCCACAGUCCUGAGAGCGCAGUGCAGCUGGUGGAGGAGGCCAGCUGCCCCCCCAGCCAGCCCGAGCAGCGCAUGAAGCGGGAGAAGAAGCACCAGUCGUUCACACUUUGCGAGGUCUGCAAUAUCCAACUCAACUCAGCUGCACAGGCGCAGAUCCACUACAACGGCAAGUCCCACCAGAAGCGCCUCAAGCAGCUAAACAAGGGGAAGAUGCCAGCGGCGCAAGGUCCCUCUGGACACAGCAGCCCUCUCUUAGCAUCGUUGCCCAUCCCUGGCCGGCCUCUUCAUCCCCCCUUGGACAUCAAGCACUUUCUGACCUUCAGGCUCAACGGGACAUCACCGCUCAACCUCUUCCCCAACUUCAACACGAUGGACCCGGUGCAAAAAGCGGUGAUCAGCCACACCUUCGGCAUGCCGGCCCCGCUCAAGAAGAAGCAGUUCAUCUCCUGCAACAUCUGCCACCUGCGCUUCAACUCUGCUAACCAGGCAGAAGCCCACUACAAGGGCCACAAGCAUGCGAGGAGGCUGAAGGCCAUCGAGGCCAUGAAGAACAAGCAGAAGGUGGUGGGGACUGCAGCAGGGACCCCUGGCCAGGACAGCGCAGCCGACCUGGCCCCCAGCCCUGUGGGCAGUGGGGAGCUGGGAAGCACAGCUGAUGCCAGUAGCCCACAGGAGUUGGAGGGUGAAGGCAGCAGCCUGGGGCUGGUGCCCAGCGCUGAGGAAUCACCUGUGGAGCUGCCAGGCAGUGUUGCCCCGCUGGGCUCCCCACCAGCCUCUGAGCUAUCGGAGGGCACCUCGGAUGCCACCAGCGUGGCCUCCUCGUCCGCCCAGGCAACUGAGGCACAGGCGGCCGAGUCGGGCAGCAGUGUCAGCUCAGCCCCUGAGAGUGAGAAAGAAGGGAAGAAGAGCAAACAGCACCUGUACUGUCCCACCUGCAAAGUGACUGUCAACUCCUUGUCCCAGCUGGAGGCUCACAACACUGGCGCCAAGCACAAGUCAAUGCUGGAAGGUCACGGCACCCAACUGCGGCGAGGCCGGGGCAAGCUGCUCUCCCGGGCAGGGCACAAGUCCAAGAGGAUUGGGAACAAGGGCAGCAUCAACAUCCAGAACAAGGCGUUUCACUGCCAAGUGUGUGAGAUCUACGUGAACUCUGAGACCCAGCUCAAGCAGCACAUGAGCAGCCGGAGACACAAAGACAGGCUGGCGGGGAAGCCACCCAAGCCCAAGUACAGCCCCUACAACAAGCUGCAGAAGAAUGCUGCCCUCGCAGUGAGUAUUCUCAAGUCCAAGUUGGCUUUGCAGAAGCACCUCACCAAAACCCUGGCAACCCGUUUCCUGCCGAGCCCGCUCACCGCCGCUGCUGUCUGUGCCAUGCCUGGACCCCUUGCCUUGCGACCGGCAGCUGCCACCACCCUCUUCCAAGCCCCAAUCCUCGGACCAGCCCUUUUCCGAACGCCGCCGGCCCAUGUCCGCCCCACACCGGGUCCUAUCGUCUUCGCACCCUACUAG